AUGUUCAAACUCCGGACAUGCCACACUUCAGUUACUAUGAUUACAAAGGAGUGUAUAACGAAAUGGGCGAAUUCCAUCAAGCCAAGGACCUUCUCUAUCAAAGACUCUUACUCCAUUGGACCCAUAAUUAAGUUGACCAAUUUACUUCAUGGAAUUUUUAAAAUCACCCCGCAGAAUCAUUUGAUAACUCCACAAGAGAACUGGUUUAAAGGAUAUCAUUUCAUCUUCAAUUGUCAAAUGAAUCAACAAUUGGGUAGUGAUGGAUACGAUAACUACCAAGCACCAGUGAUUGAUAAUCAUCAAUUGUAUUUGAGAAGAUUAUGGGCAAGAGGAACCAUCCAAUUUAUUCAACCACCAGGAAUAAACAGUGGUUUGGGCUGCACGGAACAGGUGAAGACAGUGAAGCCUUUCAAUGAGGAUGUGUUUGUUGACAUUGAACGCAGGUACACAUCAGAUGAUGAGUUGCUAUUGGUUGAAAAUAGGACAUUACUAUAUACGAAUCAAAUGUAUUCUCCAAACAAUAAGACUCCUAAAUUGACUGAUCACGAACCUUCAAUCACAUUCAAGCUAUCACCAAUUGAUUUAUUGAAGUACAGUAUGCUUACAUACAAUCUACACCGCAUUCACUUUGAUCCAAAAUACGCCCAUUCAAUCGAGAACUUGCCUACUUUGCUUGUGCAUGGUCCGUUACAAGUGACAUUGAUAUUGUACUAUUUCAGUUUACAACAUCCUCGUUUAAUUGCCCACCAGUUCAAGUAUAGAACACUUGAACCGUUUUUCGUAAAUGAAGAAGCCGGAAUACUGAUUACUCCCAACGGUUCAAAUGAAUUUGAGCUAACAUUGUUCAACACCGUGCAUAAGACAAUCUUUUUACGAGGAACCUUAAAAUGCAAAGAGAAUACACCUUAG